CCAACUGUACAGCCUGUCUGGAUGUACAUGGGGAGGGAGUAAAGGGGGGGCCACAGAGUCUGCCCCUCAAGUGUGGUGGGAUAAAAUGGAGAGCUAGUAGUAGACUUUUUUGGGCAUAUUUUCACAUGACUAAUGUUGACCAAUGCAUAUCAGCGGCUCGGUGGUCGACGCGGCGGCAGGAAGCACAGACGAAGCUGAGGUCAACUUGAAAAUUAACGGUAUCCGUCCGGCUUCCGUGUGGGAUGUGCCAUGUACGCUAGCCGGAGAUGAGAAUGAAACCCAGUCGCAACUUCCUCCUGGGCCUGUGCUCCAUGCUGGCCCUGGGAUUCCUCUACUACUCAUCAGGGAGGAUCAGCUUACGGGGCUGGGGCCACAAAUCAUUGUAUGACAAACAAGGAUUCUUUCUGAAGCUGGAUGGUACUCUGCCUCUGGAGCUGAUGUACAAGUAUGGCAAUCUCAGUGAGGGGGCUUGUAAGCCUGGCUUUGCGGCUGCCAAGAUGACUGCCAUUUAUCCAAAAUUCACCAAACUGGCGCCCAUGUUCCUUGAUCCGAAUUACAAACGAUUCGCCAAGAUUGGUGAUUAUUUACCUCCGUUUGGUGUAAAAUUACAAGAGAAGAUCAUAGAUAUUCUUCUGUCAGCUACUAAGAGUUAUGGCCUGGGGGAAGAAAUCGACAGUAUGAGCUGUAAGACAUGCAUCAUAGUAGGCAAUGGAGGAAUCCUCGCCAACAAGUCUCUGGGACAGAGGAUUGAUGAUUUUGAUGUGGUGGUCAGGUUGAACGAGGCCCCAGUGAAAGGCUUUGAGAAAGAUGUCGGCUCCAAGACCACCAUGAGGAUCACCUAUCCAGAGGGAGCCAUCCAGAAGACAGAACGCUACGAGGCUGAGUCCCUGUUUGUCCUCUCUGCAUUUAAAGCUCUGGACCUCAAGUGGCUUCGAUACAUGGUCUUCAACCAGAGGCUGAUGUCCAUGGCACCCAUACAGAAGGAUAGGAUUUUGAUGACCUUUCAAAAUGUCCAUCGCAGCACUGAUGGGUUCUGGAAGUCAGUGGCCAGACACGUGCCAAGGGAGCCCAGUGACAUUCGUAUCCUCAACCCCUACUUCAUCCAGGAGGCCUCCUUUAAGCUGAUUGGCCUGCCUCACAACAAUGGACAGAUGGGCAGAGGGAACAUCCCAACCCUGGGGGCAGUCGCCAUAACGAUGGCGCUUCAUAACUGUGAUGAAGUAGCUGUGGCUGGAUUUGGCUACAACAUGAGCACCCCGCAUGCCCCGCUGCACUACUAUGAGAAGAUCAGGAUGUCGGCCAUCAAAGAGUCCUGGACGCACAACAUAUCUAAAGAGAAGGAGUUCCUGGUGAAGCUGGUGAAGGCUGGAGUAAUCCAGGACUGGACCGGCGGGAUCUGUGGUGUAGGAUGCUGAUGGUCUGCACUCAGCGUCAAGGCACCCGGAUGCAGCACUGUGCUCACCUCCACCUGCUCCAGCACCUGAAGAGGGAAACUCAAGGCUCUGUAGAGCCAUGUUCCCAGCAGAGAGCAACAGCUGUCACACACCGUGGUCACAGUGCAGAGUACAUGAGGCUCAUUGACCACGACACUAUGGCCCAGUGCUGCAUACUGACAUAUUACAAGCCACUGGCCUCAGCGCUGUAUUUAGUUCGUCCUAGUUGCAGGUUAGUUUAUAUUUACAUGGAUUUGGUAUCCUGGCUCAGGGGUACGUCAACAGUGUUGGGGAUCAAACCAGCACCUAGAACACGCUGCCCUCCUACUAGAACUGCUGGAGAGAGGAGGAGAGGAUGUUGGGUUUAAAUAUUGAGCCUGUGCCAAGAAUACCUCUACAAGUGUCCUUCUGCUCACGCGUCUGAAUGUAAUCUGCAUCAAACAUAUAGUCACUUAUUUAUAUCUCCUUCUUUCUGUGUUAAACAGGGUCCGCACUACACCACACAUAAAUAUAAGAACCGUCCUGGACCAGACUCUGACAUCUGAGGGUAAACCCUCCAAUUAGAGCAACAAGGCAAUCAUCACAGCUUGUUUAGCUGAGGAACACGAGCAAACAAGAGCGGCAUGAACAUCACACUGGUUAGACAGAUGACAUGUUUGUUCUUGCGAGGCAGCAAAAUACUCAGAGCCCUCAAGACUCACCCCUCAGUGUCCGCUGAAUGUGGCUGAGUCGCACUUUCUCCUAAAGCAGCCGAGCGUCGGUGUCUCUGAAGCAUGAAAUUGACUUGUGAAUGUAUAUAAGUGUCUCUAUUUAUUGACAACUCACUUAAAGUUAUAUUUAAAGACGCAUUUCAUUUGUUACUGACUUAUGUACAAACAGUAAAUCGAUUUUUUCUGUUGGAGUCUGUGAAGCAGGAGAAGGAACCCUUCAUGUUUCUUUGUGCUAAUAUUUCCACAAAUAGUAAUAAGGCAGAGUGCUGUAGUAUUCAGUAAAACCAGCAAACUCCAGCCACAAAGUACUGUAUGUGGCAUCGUCAUACAUGGGCUGCAAACGUGUUUUCAGCCUUCUGUAAAAGAAAUAUGUUUAAUUACCAUGGAGACAUGACUGAGCUGUGGUGCAACCAGAAUGUGGCGUACCUACAUCCAGCGGGUAUGAGGGGUUACCUCACCGAGUCCAUAUGUUAACACGUGACCCGUGUCUCGGGUCGUACUGCUGAGUGUCACUGUUAGUACAGGAAAGUGAACAUCGGCUUUUAUGUGUCCAUCCCACUGAAAGAAGACGAGCGUCUUCGUGUUUCACAGUGUUAUAGUUCAGUCAGGAGAGAACAAAGAUAUUUUACUCAUGUGCACAUUAAGGUGAGGCCCCAUGUGAUGAUAUCAUAUUUAAAGAGGGUUGAAGUGAUUAGUGUAGGAAACCCCCGAGUGAGUGUACACACUGGUGGUGGUGGGAUGAAGACACCGCUGAAGAUCUGGAUGUAGACUUCUGAUGAGCUCAACCUGGGUGCUGCAUAUGAUGAGAGAGAGACCCGUGAAGGAUUGUGACACUAUUUAUCUCCCUGAUGGAACUGAGCUUCAUAUACAACAUAUACAAUCACAACUUUGUCUGUUUCUGUCUGACAUGAAAGAAAUGGCACAUAUGACUGAUAUCUGAAUCAUAUCACACUGCCUUCCUUGUAUUAGAUCACAUCAGGGCCUUGUUCUUCAAACAUGGAUGACGUUAGUCUGGACUCACUUCUUCAAAGUGUCCAUGAGAUUCAACUUUAGCUGCAGUCCUUUAGCUUAAACCUAGGUUCUGCUAGUUUGAAGGUCUUCUCCACUGUCAAGUACAAUCCUAUGAUCAGCGCUCAGCCAAUCACUUGUUGAUCACAGUUUAACUUUGUUUUUGAAAGAGAGCACACUGGGGCGGUCGGUAGCAUAGUGGGUUGUGCAGGCUAUAGUCCUCGCUGCAGCCGGCCCCGGCUCGAAUUCCGCAUCGGAUGGCCCUUUGCUGCGUGUCAUUCCCCUCUCUCUGCCCCCUGCUUCCUGUCUCUUUUCAACUGUCAUAUCAAAGGCAUAAAAAGCCCAAAAAAUAUACUUAAAAAAAAGAAAGAGAGCACACUGUUAUUCAGAUUAACUUCAUCCAAACAAAAAAAAACCCUACCCCGGGAUCAGCCCGAUUAAAGCCCCGACCCAACAGAGGACAUCAAGAAUGAAAAUGAGCGUUUCAUGCUGGUUAAUUACUAGUUUGAUCUGGCGUAGCGUGUCACAGGCAUCUGGUAUGCCUCACGAGAUAUUGACAAAAAGACUAGUGCGUCACAAUUUCUUUUGUUUUCCACACACAACUGUAAUCAUGGAGAAGAGAGAAGAUUGAUGUCUGUGCUGCCAACUCCUCCUCGAUUACCUUUGUACAUCUCGGAAGUCAUAAAAGACGCCAGGCUCUGAAUGGCUGGGUUCCAACAUGUAGUCUCCCUUGUCUGUCGUCCAAGUCACCGAAAGAAUGCAUGACUCCGUUAUAACCUGUUAUGACAGUGACCAUCUUGAAAGGUAAAAACAUUAUUGAUCUGAUUCUGGGGUUAGUGUUCGAGGAAACAAGGUAGCUGAGGUGCCGACUGCUCAUUGGGAGCGAUGCAGCGCCUACUAUCCAAAGCGCUCACAAGAAUUUUAAACUCAGCCGUACACACUCGUUCACACACGGCACAACUGUGAUAAAAGGGAGUAAUCUCACCACACUUUAACUGGACUGGUGGAGCCGGGAAUCAAACCAGCCACCCUGUGGCCUCUGGUCGUGCCAUGGAGCAGUUAUCCAUGUUAUGUUUUAUGUUUUUGUCACAUGUAGAGUGUAUUCAUGUUGAUGCACAUGCAGUGCAAACAUUUCUGCCAGUGGUUUUCCACCAUCCCACCGAUCUACAGGUGGUGUUAAUGUGCUAGUCAAGAGCGUGAAGAGGAAGACGGCACAUUAAAAAAUGUCUUAUGAGGAGUUAAAGUCAAGUGAUUUAUGACACCUCACGUUGUGUUUCUGUGAGUAACUUCCACUCAUCACCAGUGUGCAGUCAGCUUGCUUGAUCUGCAUACACAGAUUUUGGGCUCGGUGCGUAGGGGUCUGUGUGCAUCACGUCCCCUUGCAGACACACUGAUGUAUAAAAGUAUGAAUUGGCCUUUACAAUAAAUAUAAACAACUUUGUUAGUUGAUGAGAAAACUCCACAGAGCCACUUUAAACUGGCUUACACCAUGUUAGCCUGGAUCAGCUGAGCCACACUUGAAGAACAGGGUCCAGCUGUGAAUCCAAUCAUAUUCCUUAAUUCUAAAGAAAUUUGUUGACUAGAAUGUAUUUCAGGUGCGUAGAAUGAUAGAUUUGGUAUUGACAUGGACAACCCCCCCCCCCCCCCCCUGUUCUGAUCUUGCACUUUUCUAUUGGCCAGAAUAACACCUUUUAAUUUAGUUGAAGCCAAACGUUCCCCUCCAUCACCUCACUCAGCCCUGCCACAGGCUGCUAUCUCAGGCCCGCAGACAUCAGUCAUGAUCAGUGUUACUGUCAAACACAACCCGAGCUUUAUGAAUGAUCUCACUUUAUUUACCAAGAUCGAGUGCAUUGUGAAGUCUAUGUGUUUGUGUCGCGUUAUACACUCUGACCUGUGUGCUUUGUGCUCACGUCACUCUCGGUGUUCGUGGACUUGAUGCUGGUCAGAUGCUCAAGCCAAAGUAUUCAUAUAUUUAUUGUAGAACGACAAAAUAAAGCUAUAAGGAUGCUGAACUUUGAACUGGUGUGUUGU